AUGAAGGUUUCUGUACAUCAGAUAGACUUAGGAUUGUCACAUAUGUCUCUUAAUGAGAAUCUUAAUUCAGGAUCAAUAUAUCAAAAACCAGUAUCAAAACAACUAGUGAAAUCCCAGGCAAUUAAGGUCGUUUUGAAAAACCAGGCUAGUACUCGACAUCCACUGCUUAAGCUUGCAGUACAUAAUCAAAAUAGUCAGGUUAAUGGGAGCAAUAUUUUACAAUCUAAACAAACAACGAACUCGUCUUCCGUUGUAGCGAAUGUUGUCAAUAUUCCUGCACAGCAAUGGAGGAUGUCACAGAUGUCAUCGUUAUCUCCUGGAAAUUCUAGGAAGAUAGCUGGUUUAUCUUUGACUGGAGAUAGGGCAUCCCUUGAUGAAAAUAAAAAAGUGGCCAUUCCGCAAAGUGUCUCAGAAGUUUAUGAAUAUCAUCUUGGGAUGUUUGAAAUUGGUCGUCCUCUUGGAAAAGGAAAAUUUGGAAGGGUGUAUCUUGCUCAAGAAAGGCGAACAGGUUUUAUAUGUGCUUUGAAAGUUCUACACAAGUCGGAAUUAAUGCAGUCUAAAAUAGAGAAGCAAGUGAGGAGAGAGAUUGAAAUACAGUCUAAUUUAAGGCAUCCUAAUAUUUUGCGUAUUUAUGGUCAUUUUCAUGAUUCAACACGAGUAUUUCUUAUAUUGGAGUUUGCUGGGAAAGGCGAAUUAUACAAAUAUCUGCGUAAAAAGGGGAAAUUUUCUGAUUCAAAAGCAUCUGAAUAUAUAGCACAAAUGGCAUCUGCAUUGUCGUAUUUGCACAGAAAACAUGUUAUACAUAGGGAUAUAAAGCCUGAAAAUAUUUUACUUGGAAUUAAUGGAGAAGUUAAAUUAUCUGAUUUUGGUUGGAGUGUUCAUGCGCCAAAUUCAAGGCGAAAUACUCUUUGUGGGACUCUUGAUUAUUUGCCUCCUGAAAUGGUGGAGGGACGCGAUCAUAAUGAAAAGGUUGAUAUUUGGUCUUUGGGUGUUCUUACAUAUGAAUUUCUUGUUGGUUCUCCUCCUUUUGAAGAUCUUAGUGGGUACCCUGCUACGUAUAAACGAAUUGCGAAAGUAGAUCUUAAAAUACCUGAUCAUGUAAGCCCUGAAGCUAAAGAUCUUAUUACUAAGCUUUUACAACAUAAUCCUGAGAAAAGAUUGGCUCUUGAUCAGGUUCCAUUGCAUCCUUGGAUUCAAAAAUAUAAAGAUAGUUGGUUGAAACAGAGGAAUUCUGGUUAG